AUGAUCGAACCAUUCGAGCUGACCUUCUCGGUCCCAAUGCAUUGCGAGGACUGUAAUACAUCUGUUUCUGCAGCUGUCAAGGCCCUUGACGGAAUCGAACAGAUCCGCGGAGACCUCAAAGCCCAGACUGUUUGGGUGAAGGGUGUCGCACCCCCUAGCGCAAUCGUAUCUGCCAUUGAAGAUACAGGAAGAGACGCCAUCCUCCGCGGUAGUGGUUCUACAGACAGUUCGGCUGUUUGCAUUCUCGAGACACAUUCAAACACCGUUUCAAAUAAAGUCCGUGGCCUGGCACGCAUGGUCCAGGUCGCCCCUAGCAUGACUCUAGUUGACCUGACGGUCAACGGCCUCGCGCCGGGACAGUACUCGGCUACAGUGAGACAGACAGGUGAUAUCUCACGGGGUGCCGAGUCCACCGGUGGUAUCUGGGAGGCAUUGAAGGAGAAGGUCACUGGCGCUAGCGCCAGUCCGGCCGAGAAGUCGCGGGGUAUCUUUGGCAAGGUGGAUGUUGAUGAGAAGGGCCGCGGCAGUGUGUUCUUGGAUCAACCAGUGGCGAUUUGGGAAUUGAUUGGACGCAGUAUGGUUCUCUCCAAGAGUAUUGAGGGUCCAUUCCAGCGCCAGGAUGAAAACACUCUGGUUGGUGUCAUUGCUCGUAGUGCGGGUGUGUGGGAUAAUGACAAGAUGGUCUGCUCAUGUUCGGGUAAGAACGUUUGGCAGGAGCGUCAGGAGCAAGUUGUCAAUGGUAUGGCUUAA